AUGCAAUUGUGGUUUUGGAUUCUUGGCUGGCUUCUUUCGAUUCUCGCCAUGACUGGAAAUGGAUUUAUCAUCUUCCUUGUUUGUAGCAAACGGCAGCUUCGCACCAAAACCAAUGCGUUCAUUGUUUCGCUUGCAGUGGCUGACUUCUGUGUCGGGAUGAUUACUGUUCCUUCGUUGUUUGUGUGUGAGUCGCUUGAUCUGUGCAACGAUCGACCUAUUUCGAUGGUGGUGUGGAUUAUAAGGAACCUGUUCGCUUUUGCGUCUGUGGCAAACCUUUGUAGUUUAGUCUUGGAUCGCUACAUUGCUAUUGUGAAACCUUUAAAAUACUUGACUAUUAUGAAGCGUCGUCGAGUCAUUCAGAUGGUUAUCUUAUCCUGGGUAAUUCCAACCGCUAUCAUGACUUUUGCGGCAAAUGUUAUAUUGAAUACUUCCUUUUCACAAAAUUUAAACAUCCCUAAAAAUACUUUAUCCGUGAUGUUUAUCAGUUUCGAGAUAUUUUCAAGUUUUGUAUUAAUAUGUGUCUUUACAUCCAUGUUAAAAGUUGUAUUUAAGCAUAAUCGAGCCACUCGUUCGUUAGCAAAACAGUUACGCUUUAAUCAUCAGGUUUCCUUCAAAACUCAGGAAAAGUCUGCCAUUAUAAUGAUGGGGAUUGUAGUCGGAUUGUUCCUGAUGUGUUAUGGUAGUUUUAUGAGAUGCAGCUUAAUAAGGAUUUCUGGUAUUGUUAAAGCAUGUAAUGAUAGAGAAUAUAGAAUAAUCCUUCUAGGGUUAAACUCUGCUACCAACCCUUUGGCGUAUUCUUUCUUCAAGAGAGAUAUAAAAAAGGACAUUAAAAGACGAUUUUGUUGUCCCGUUUCAUCGAAGUCAAAAAAGAUUAUUCCUCUCAAUAAGAGCAGUUUUUCAUCAUCGCUGACUGCCAUGGACGGGAAGUUAGAGUAA